UACAUAAAACCCCUUGACUUAAAAGUCUUCUGUGGGAGUCUCCCAUAAAGUGGGUCAAAACAAGAAUUAAAUUUUAAAUAUACUUGGUUGUUCACAUGGUAUAUCACUAUAUUUAUGAAGAUUAUGUGUCUUCAUCUAAAAUAAGCUAAAGUAGCAAUGGAGAUUUUUAAACAUUUCAUCUUUGAAUUCCUCUGCAUAGUUGCUCUCACAACGCAGCUGGUUCAUGUUCAGAGUCAAUCAGGCUUUAUUAGCUUAGACUGUGGAAUAACAGAAACAUCUGGAUAUACUGACAAGUUGACAGGCAUAAAUUACACUUCCGAUGCAGCUUUAAUAGAGACAGGUGUUAGCAAAACUAUAUCACCAGAAUACAACCAUAAGACCCUGGAACAACAAUUCCUGAAAGUUAGAAGCUUCCCCGAAGGAAUGAAAAAUUGCUACACUUUAGAACCUGAACCAGGCAACGUUAAGUUUCUGAUUAGAGCAAGAUUCAUGUAUGGAAAUUAUGAUGGCCGCGGGAAAGUGCCAAGCUUUGAUCUCAUUCUUGAAGCUGAUAUCUGGGAUUCAGUGCAAAUGGAAGAUGCAUCCACUAUAGUUACCAAGGAGAUCAUUCAUAUCCCCCAAAAAAGUUAUGUAUAUGUCUGUCUUGUAAACACAGGCUCCGGAACACCUUUCAUUUCAGCAUUAGAAUUAAGGCCCGUGACUAAUUCCACUUACCAAACUCAAUCAGGAUCACUACUACUCUCCUGGCGAUGGGAUGUUGGUGCAACAGACAAGGGAACAUUCAGGUACAGAGAUGACCCUUUUGAUCGCAUAUGGACGCCCUACAACAAACACAGCUGGGUACCAAUAAGUAACUCGCGGUCUGUCGAUUCCAGUGCAACCAGUUACAGGCCACCAUCUACUGUCAUGAGGACUGCAGUUAUACCAGAAAAUGGAAGCAGUCCCCUGCAGUUCAGUUGGGAGCGCCCAAAUACCACAUCCGGAUUUUAUGCCUACUUCUAUUUUGCUGAAGUUCAAGAGCAUCUAGCCAACCAGACCAGAGAACAGACCAUCUAUUUAAAUGGAGAUCUCUGGAUCAAGCCUAAUGUUUUCUACUUAUCUACAACAAUAAUUUACUGCAAUUCGCCCAUAGGAACAGAAAAUAUUGAUUUCUCAAUCAUCAAAACUGGGAAUUCAACCCUACCACCCAUCUUUAACGCUUUUGAGGUAUAUGAGGUAAAGGAAUUCCCACAAUUGCUGACAGACCAACAGGAUGUCAAUGCUAUCAUAAAAAUCAAGUCAAUGUAUGGAGUGAAUACAAGUUGGCAAGGAGAUCCAUGUAGCCCUAAAAAUUAUUUGUGGCAAGGUCUUAAUUGCAGCUACGAUGACUAUAGUGCCCCAAGGAUCAUAUCCCUGAACUUAUCAUCUAGUGGAAUAUCCGGUGAGAUAUCUCCUUAUAUAUCCAGUCUCGCAUUAAUACAAUAUCUGGACUUAUCGAAUAACAACUUGAUUGGACCCGUGCCUGAAUUUCUGUCACAACUACCAUUCCUGACGGUGCUAAACCUGAGUGGAAAUAAACUCGAAGGUUCAGUUCCAGCUGUACUAGUGGAAAGAAAGCACAAUGGUUUGCUAUCACUAAGUGUGGAAGGAAAUCCAGAUCUUUGUCCUGAAGCUUCUUGCAAAGGCAGAGAGAAAAAUAAGCUUACUGUUCCGGUAGCAGUUGUUCCAAUAGUAGCAGUAGUAGUCUCAAUAUGUAUCAUCCUAACUGCAAUCUCUAUUUUGUGGAACUUCAAAACAAGAAGACAAGUUGGGAAGAAGAAUGAAUCAUUGGAAUCGAAAACUCGACGGUAUAAAUACUCUAAUUUAGUGAGAUUUACCAAUAACUUUGAAAGGACUAUUGGGAAAGGAGGAUUUGGAACAGUUUACCACGGAUACUUGGAUGACACUCAAGUAGCUGUGAAGAUGCUCUCUCAAUCAUCAGUUCAAGGAUAUAAGCAGUUUAAAGCUGAGAUUGAACUUCUUAUGAGAGUUCACCAUAAAAAUUUGACGACACUUAUUGGAUACUGUGACGAGAGCACAAAUAUGGGAUUAAUCUAUGAGUUUAUGGCUAAUGGAAACUUACAAUCACAUCUCCUAGAAAAUGAUGCAGAUACGUUGAGUUGGGAAGGGAGACUUCGAAUAGCAACAGAGGCAGCACAAGGAUUGGAGUAUCUCCACAGUGGUUGUAAGCCACCCAUAGUCCACAGAGAUGUGAAGUCCACAAACAUCUUAUUAAAUGAAAAAUUCCAGGCCAAAUUAGCUGAUUUUGGUCUUUCCAGAAUCUUUUCAGUCGAAAGUGGAACUCAUGUUUCCACGAUUGUUGCUGGAACCCCCGGAUAUCUUGACCCUGAGUACUAUAUAUCAAACAGGUUAACUGAAAAGAGUGAUGUGUAUAGUUUUGGAGUAGUUCUCUUGGAGAUAAUAACAAGCAAACCUGUCAUUGAAAAUACGCUUGAGAAAACUCAUAUAAGUCAGUGGGUGAGUUUCAUGCUUGCCAAAGGGGAUAUUGCAAAUAUUGUUGAUCCAAGACUACAUGGAGAUUUUGAGACAAACUCUGCCUGGAAAGCUGUAGAAAUAGCAAUAGCUUGUGUUUCUCCAACUUCUGCCAAAAGGCCAACCAUGAAUCAGGUAGUGGUGGAACUGAAUGAGUCUUUAGCAAUGGAGGUAGCUCGUAAGAAGAUGGGCAAGGAUGCUGAACCAAAAGAUUCUAUGUUAUCGAUGAGUUUGAAUCUCGAUACUGAAUUAUUUCCCAUACUAAGGUAGUACUUUUACAAAAUGUAUCCCACUUAACCAUGCAUAAAUAAAUUUCCGUACAUGUAACAGGUCUUGGACCAAUGUUCUUGUGUAUUUGAAGAAACAUAAAGAAAUAAGGCUGCGAUGUUCUUCUUUGUGUAACAUACACUAGCAUAAUAUAUAAGCUCAAAAUAUCUU